CGCCACCGCCACGUUCUCCAUCAACACUGCUUUCAGAACCCUCAAAACCGCCAUGACAGACCAGAUGAGUAAUGGCAGGGCAAGAGACCACGGAACAAACGACGAUUAUUUUGCUACAAUUCAUCACAUUUCCAACAUUGUGCGCCGUGAUAUCUACUUAGAAAGAACCCUAAACAAAAUGUGCAUUUCCAGAAUCGUCAAUUCAGAGCUUGUUUAUCGUGUACUCCACAGCUGUUCCAAUUCAGGUAUCAAAUCUUUCUGUUUCUUCAAUUGGGUUCAAACCCAACACCCCCAAUACGAACCUACAACCGUUGAAUUUGAAGAACUCCUCAAAAUCUUAGCCAAAACCCGCUAUUAGGAGACCAUGUGGAAGGUCGCACACCAGAUGAAAACCCAAAAACUCCCAAUUUCAUCACCCGUUGUUUCUUUUAUAAUCGAACAUUAUGGCAAAAACGGGCUUAUCGAUCAAGCUGUUGAGAUUUUUAACAAAUGCAAGAACUUUGAUUGCACCCAAACCACUGAAAUACACAAUUCCUUACUCUUUUCCCUUUGUGAGGUCAAGAAUUUUCAAGGAGCAUAUGCUUUGGUUAGAAGAAUGGUUCGUAAAGGAAUGACCACAGAUAAAAAAAAACUUACUCUAUUUUAGUCAACGGGUGGUGCUCUGCUGGAAAGAUGAAAGAAGCCCAAAGCUUUUUAGAAGAAAUGAGUCAAAAUGGGUUUAAUCCACCUAUUCGUGGUCGUGAUCUUUUGAUUGAUGGCUUAUUGAAUGCUGGUUAUCUUGAAUCAACAAAAGGGUUAGUGCGUAAAAUGAAAAAAGAGGGCUUCGUAUGUGAUGUCACCACAUUUAACACAUUAUCAGAAGCUAUAUGCGAAUCAGGUGAGAUUGAUUUUUGUAUUGGUCUUUACCAUGAUGGUUGUAGAUUAGGGUUAUGUCCUGAUAUUGAUACUUACAAGAUCAUGAUCACUGCAACUUCAAAGAUUAGGAAGAUUGAUGAGGCGUUUAUUGUUCUUUAUAGAUCAAUUGAAGAUGGGAAUAAACCGUUUCCGAGAUUAUAUGCUCCGAUUUUGAAGGGUCUUUUUAGGAAUGGAAGGUUUGAUGAUGCGUUUAGUUUUUUUAGUGAUAUGAAGGUGAAAGGGCAUCCACCAAAUCGACAUGUUUAUAGUAUGAUUUUGAAGAUGUGUGUGCGAGGUGGGAUAUAUGUUGAAGCUGGUAAUUAUUUGAUGGAGAUGAUUGAGUUUAAAUUGUCACCAAUGUCAUGACAUUUUGAUAUGGUGACUGAUGGAUUAAAGAAUUGUGGGAAACAUGAUAUGGUUAAGAAGAUAGAGCAGUUGGAAAUAUCAUUUCACGGUAUGUGAUUGUGA